CUGUUGAAGCCUCUUAUUUCCAGAAAUAGUUCCGGAAAUAUGGACUUCACUAGAGUUGAACUUGGAAAUUUAUCCUCCUCAAACUUCCCGAUUGCGGUUUUUUGUACCGCUUCAAUUAUUAUUUUGGUCGCUGUGCAUUUUUUCUACUGCAAUUUCUCAUCGAGAGGAAAACUUGUAAAUAAAUUUGGUGGACCGGCAUAUGUUCCGGUGAUUGGGUCGUUUAUCGCUUUGACGAAUUUGGCGGAUUUGUUCAAUCGAAAGAAGAACCGCUUUGUGCAAGGGUCGUCCCGUUUUUGGGUUGGGUUCCGUUCUCUUAUGGUGAUUACGGACUGCGACCAUGUCCAGAAAAUAUUAACUUCACCUCACUGUUUGGAUAAAGCGAGUGAAAUAUAUUUUUCUCUGCAUAAAACAGUCACGGAAAAUCCAAUCGUAAUUGUAUCCAGUAAAGAUGACAAGUGGAAAACACAGCGCAAAAAUGUGACGCCCGGACUCAGCGCGAAUCUUCAUGACGAUUUCAUUAAAGCCUUCAACACGCAGACUAACCAUUUGAUGAAAGUGCUCGAUGUAAAGGCCGAAGUUGGCGACGAAUUCAACCCAGAAUCCACAUUUAGCAAGUUUGCUCUUGGAGUGGCGUUAGAAACGUUGCUCGAUUGGAAAGAACAGAUAAAUUUUCUCGCCGGAGAAAAUCCGACUUUGGCGGACGCUUUUCACAGAGGAGCCCGAAUCGCAUUUAUGCCCGGAGUUAUUCCGAAGUAUCAAUCUUCCCUGAUCUGGUCCCUUUCCGGUUAUGCGAAAGAAUGGGAAGAAAUUAAAAUUGUGAUGAAACAAAGUAUUUCUAAGAGUUUUAUCCAAAAGAAAAUGAAGGAAUGGAAAAACAACGCGAAUAACGGAAAUCUACCCAAGAAAAUUAAAUAUGCAAACAUUCUCUACACCAAGUGGACAGAUGAGGAAGAAAUAUUUUAUCAGUUGAUAAGUAUCAUUGGCGCGUCUGUCGAUUCCACGGAAUCCGUCCUAUGCAUGGCGUUACUUCAUCUAGCAAAGCAUCCCGUCAUACAGGAAACGGCGUAUGAAGAAGCCAAGUCCGUUAUCGGAACGGACAUCAACGUCUUCCUUAGUUUUGACGAUAUCAGAAGGUUAACCUAUGUGGAAAUGGUGUUAAAAGAAACGAUGCGAAUUAUCCCACCUAUCGCCGCACUGGCGCGGAAUAUCGGGCAGGAUUUAGAUCUUGGUGAUGGUUACACGAUUCCGAAGGAUACCAGCGUCUUCAUUAAUUUAAACAUGAUGCACCAUAAUCCGAAAUAUUUCCCAAAUCCGGAUCAAUUCAUCCCGGAGAGAUUUCUCCCCGAAAAUGUGGGGAAGCGACACCCAUACGCAUACAUCCCGUUUUCUCACGGUCCCAGAAAUUGUAUCGGUAAAAAGUAUGCCAUGAUGGAGAUGAAGCUAGCCUUGGCGAAGAUCUUGUUCAAGUACGAAGUCACCACGAGCAUGCGGAAUAUUGAGAACUUGGAGUAUGAAUCGAGCCCAUUUACAUUUGCUAAAGGUGGAAUCAAGAUUAAAUUGCAGCCACGAAGCCAGAAUUAAUGGGAGGUAUUUGUCCAUGCAAAUCCUCGAAUUAUAAUUGGAUAUGUGUUAGAUUAAAUUAACCAAUAUGGACAUUUGAGUACGAAAUUGCACCUAAAUUAAAAAAUAAAGCUUAACUGUUUGAACAUUAUUUCUACGUA